AGCAGCGAGUGUCAGGGAGCGUCGGCAUUCCCAACCCGCUCUCCAGGAAGCUUUGAAAAAUCUAGCUUGCCGUAUCUGGGACGAUGAAGACCUGGAUCCUUCUCCUUGGAGCAGGAAUAGCCUUGGGCUGCGUGUCUGGCAAUCUCUACACAGCCUCUGACUCCUGCAAGGGACGCUGCGAGGAGCCAUACAACGAGAAGGAUGAGUGCCACUGCAAUGCCGAGUGUGAGAGAUACCACAACUGCUGUGAGGAUUACUAUACAUACUGCAGCCCAGAUGGAGACUGGGCCGAAGCGGCAGAGCACGCACGCAGCAGUGAGGGUUUCUCCAGCAGCCAGGAUGCCAUCACGGAUGGGGACCUCCUGCACAUCUCAGAGCAGCUUUACGAGGCGGAUCACAACAAAGCUCAGCCGACUGAUGUCAUCAUUAACCCACAGCACCAAGUCUCCCCAGACGAGACGGGUGACCAGGAAGACCACUCCCCUGAGCCGCUCUACAAAUACGUCAAUGAGAAGCUCUUCUCCAAACCCACCUAUGCUAGCUUCAUUAAGCUGCUGGACAAUUACCAGAGGGCAACCGGCAGGGAGGAGGAGGUCACAGCAGAAGAGCUGAAGGAGCAGGACAACUUCCUCAAGGAGGUGAUGAAAACUGAGCUCAUGAAGAAGCUCUUCGCCUUCCUCCACAAAAAAAACCGCUACAGCUCUGAGCAGGAAUUUGUCACCGAUUUGAAGGAGAUGUGGUUCGGCCUCUACUCCAGAGGCAACGGCGAGCGGGACUCCAGUGGCUUUGAGCAUGUCUUCUCAGGGGAAGUAAAAAAAGGGAAAGUGACUGGAUUUCACAACUGGAUUCGCUUCUACCUUAUGGAAAAGCAGGGUCUCGUCAACUACUUCAGCUACAGCUAUGAUGGGCCGUGGAACACCUACCCUGACGUGCUGGGGAUGCAGUUCAGCUGGGAUGAGUUUUACAAAGAAGUGGGCUCCGCAUUCAUCGGGUGCAGCCCGGAGUUCGAAUUUGGCUUGUACACGCUGUGCUUCAUCACUCGGCCUGGAAGGGCAUGUCACCUGAGCCUGGGCGGCCACAGCCUGAGCAUCCAGACCUACACCUGGACCAAGUCCACCUACGGCAACGGCAGGAAGUACAUCGCCACUGCCUACGUGAUCUCGUCCUGAGGCUGCCUGCACCCCGGCUGGGAGAAAUGGGGAUGGCUGCAGCCACACAGCACUCCACUGCUUUGGGGCAUGGGUACCCAUUGCCGUGGGACCUCUGCCCUGGGCAGGACUGGUCCUGCCGUGGGAGAUGCACAGCCACGCUGCAGAACUGGUGCAGUGUGUGUGCGAGGCACCGGAGGGAGCUGGCCAAGACAGCAGUGGCCGUGCCCAGUGUGGACAGAGCGGAGGGAGGGGGGCAACAGUCUCAGCACCCCUCAUCACCAUCUAGCAUUGUAUUCCCCAGCCGCAGCAGAAGAGCAGUGGGAAGUGAGGAACUUUUGAUGGAAAGUAGCAUUCCUAAGCUAAAUAAAUAUCGACCCUGUAAAAA